AUGGCGGAGGCAAGGGAUUGUCGGAACGCUGAAAAGCGAGGUCGCCGGAGCACUGAGCAAUAUGGAACAGAAGCCUUCAGAUCGUCAUUUUUUUUUCUAAAAAUAUCUGCAUCAUUUUCCCCCUUUCUCCUCCCUCCUCCCUCCUCCGAUGCCGCCGUCCUCUGCUGCUACCUCCCACCUGACUCCGCUCGCGGCACUGGUAUUCACCUCUUCCUCCCCUCACCCUCUUUGCCUCCCACAAGAUCCAAGCUCCUGGUCAUCAUCUACAUCCACGGUGGCGGAUUCAUCAUCUUCCGUGUUGCUUCCUCGCCCUUCCAUGGCCUCUGCUCCCUCCUCGCAGUUGCCCUUCUUGCGGUCGUCCUCUCCGUCGACUACCGCCUCUCUCCGGAGCACCGCCUGCCCGCUGCCUUUGAGGACGCCCUCGACGCCCGCUACUUCCUCAUGGGCGACAAUCUGAUUCAUGUCGGGGCCGAAGCAACCCAACAACAAUACAUGAUGAAUGGAAACAACAAUUGUUGCUAUUCGAAGGCAAAGACUUCGCUGUCGGCAAGCAGCACUAAGUCUAGCGAGGGCUGA